AUGGGAAAGUCGGCAACCAAACCUUGUAAUACUCUAAUGGCUCCCGGUGUGCAUCUUAUGAAAAAUGAUGGAUUUCCUUUUGAUGAUCCAGAGAGGUAUAGAAGGUUAGUUGGGACGUUAAACUACCUUACUGUGACUCGUCCAGAUAUUUCUUUUGCGGUAAGUAUUGUUAGCCAGUUCAUGUCUGCACCUACAGUCAAACAUUGGGAAGCUUUGGAACAGAUUCUAUGUUACUUGAAAGGAGCUCCUGGACUUGGCAUAUUGUAUUGCAAUCACGGCCAUUCUCGUGUGGAAUGUUUUGCAGAUGCUGACUAUGCUAGAUCCAAAAUUGAUAGAAGAUCUACUACAGGCUAUUGUAUCUUUGUUGGUAGGAAUCUAGUAUCAUAG